AUGGGCGUUCCGGGCAGCGGGCAGGGCCGGGUGUCCCGGCCCCGCUGUUGCCUUGCAGCGAGUUUGGCGCUGGCGGUGCUGGCCGGGCCGCUCGCAGCUGGAGAGUGGGAUCCCGCGGAGGGGCGGCCCGAGCCCCGCAGCCCUUCCCCUUUCCAGCCCAGCACGGGCCUGCCCCCGGUGGAGUUCGGGGCGGUGGUCGCGGCCUCGUACCGGGGCCCUGGGAACGGCGACACCCGCCUCAACCGGGAGCUGCCCAUCCUGCUGUGGUGGAGCCCGGGCCUCUUCCCGCACUUCCCGGGGGACACGGAGCGCAUCGACUGCGCGCGCCACUCCUGCCUAGUGACCCGGCGCCGGCGCGUGGCGCGGCACCAGCGCACCAAGGCCCUUAUCUUCUACGGGACCGACUUCCGGGCCUACGAGGCCCCGCUGCCGCGCCUGCCCCACCAGACCUGGGCGCUGUUCCACGAGGAGUCCCCCAUGAACAACUACCUGCUGUCCCACCGGCCCGGCAUCAGCCUCUUCAACUACACCGCCACCUUCCGGCGGGAGUCGGACUAUCCGCUGACCCUGCAGUGGCUGCCCAGCCUGGCCUACCUGCGCCGGGCCGCCCUGCCGCUGGCGGAGAAGGAGCGGUGGCGAAAGCAGGGCUAUGCCCCGGUGCUGUACAUGCAGUCCCACUGCGAUGUCCCCUCCGACAGGGACAGAUACGUGCGGGAGCUCAUGAAGCACAUCCAGGUAGACUCCUAUGGUAAAUGCCUGAAUAACCGAGAGCUUCCCAGUGAGAGGCUGAGGGACACUUCUACAGCCACAACAGAGGAUUCUGAAUUCAUGACCUUUAUCUCCAGGUACAAGUUUCAUCUUGCCAUGGAGAAUGCCAUAUGCAAUGACUACAUGACUGAGAAGCUGUGGCGUCCAAUGCAUUUGGGUGCCAUCCCUGUAUACCGAGGCUCCCCAUCUGUGCGGGACUGGAUGCCUGAUGACCUCUCCAUCAUCCUCGUGGAUGAUUUCCAAAGCCCCCAAGAGCUAGCACAGUUCCUUGACUUCCUGGACAGGAAUGGAGAGGAGUAUUUGAAAUACCUAGAGUAUAAGAAGCCGGGAGGCAUUACAAACCAGUUUCUGCUGGAGAACAUGGAGAGGCGUGAGUGGGGAGUGAAUGACAUGACUUUGCCCAAUUACCUGAAUGGCUUUGAGUGUUUCAUCUGUGACAGGGAGAACAUCCGAGUCGCUGGUGAGCGGGAUCAUAAGAAAUCUCAUGGGAAAGUUCCAGCUCCUGAACCCCACAUAGCUCAGUUCACACACAUGGGUUGCCCUAUACCAGCCCCUGGCUUUGGAAACAUUGAGGAUCUCUUUUCAGGAGACAGCUGGAAGGAGAUGUGGCUACAAGAUUAUUGGCAGAGUCUUGAUCAGGGUGAGGCUCUGACCAGCAUGAUUCACCAUAACGAGUCUCAUCAGGGAAGAUUUUGGGAUUAUAUGCAUGAGAUCUUCCUGAAGAGGACCAGACAGCAAUGACCAUCCUCAUGAGCACCUGGUUCACUGUUACACAGGAGGCUGGGAGGGUAGGGACUUUUACCUGUCUCCAAAGACUCUGUCUUGGAACGCAAGAGGAAUUGCUCAUCUUGUAUCUCAUUCUGACUUUGGAGACCUUAACUUUCAUGGGGUCUGAGGACAGUUGGUCACUAAUCAGGCUUGAGUUCACCCCACACAACACACUCCACUACAGCAGUGGGUUCCCAUCCCUGUUCUGGAGACACCAUCUUCUGGGGUCAGAAGAAUUCAGUCUCUUUGUGCUUUCAGUGUAAUUUCCUGAGCAAAAAAGUAUUACACUUUGUGCCAAAUGACUUGGAACAUAGGCCUGUUAAGGCUGAACUGAGGUGUCCUAAACUUGUUUCAUUUCAGGAAUUUAAUUCCACAUAUUCAGUGUUAUUUUUGUAAAGGCUUUUUAUUUCGCUAGGCACUUAUCCCUCCCAUCAAGAUGG